AUGUCUCACCAGCUUCGAUAUACGGAGUCAAUCUCCAACAAGACAGAGGCGGAUCAACUAUCAUACGAACCGUUGGGAUAUGGAAAUACAUUUUUGUGUCUGCCCAAGUCGCCGGGCUGCUUUGCCGGCGAUGUUCCUUUUGACUCCUCUACUAGAGGCAUGGGAGACAUCGAUGUGUUGAAGACAACUGCAUCAGACCUCAAAGACAUGCUUAACAAAGGACUGAUAACGUCUCGUGCUAUAGUUCAAACUUAUUUGGGCCAAAUCAAGCGACAUAACUCCCAAGGAAUGGUGCUAAAUGCACUCAUCGACGUUGCUCCGGAAGAGGUGCUCCUGGGAUUUGCGGAUGUUUUGGAUGCCGAGAGAGCUGCAGGCAACCUCCGUGGAGACUAUCAUGGGAUACCAAUCGUACUAAAGGACGUGAUAAACACCGACCCAUCUCUUGGAAUGAGAACAACACUAGGCUCAUAUGCCAUGGUCUCCGCAAAACCUGCCAGGAACGCAUUAGUAGUUGACGUGCUUCUCGGACAAGGACUAAUUGUUUUGGCAAAAGCAAAUCUAUCAGAGUUUGGAACCAAUAAAUCUGGGUCUUCUCCCAUAGGCUGGUCCCCAAUUGGCGGCCAAACCCAGUCUCCUUACAUCGCUGGGGGGGCCAUACCUGGUGACACUUUACUCGGACAUAGUAUGCCAGGAGGCUCUUCCAGUGGUUCCGCAGCCUCCGUUGGAGCCGGUUUCACUCCAUGGUCUAUUGGAGUAGAAACGGAUGGAUCUGUCCAAACCCCAGCUAGUCGAGCAUCACUAUUCGCCUUGAAGCCGACAAUAGAUAUGGUUUCGGGUGAUGGGGUCUUUAAGCUGACAAAUGCCUUUGACAGUCUUGGAGGAAUGGCCAAAACAGCGCAAGAUCUUGCAGCCCUGACUGAGAUUCUCUUUCUCACAGUGCCUGGCAGUCCACUGGCCGGAAAGAGUUUGACAGCAGAGUUUUCGAGCUCUCUCAAUGGGCUCCGUCUAGGAUUUGGCGAACUGGAUGAUUGGCAGUUCCCCUCAACGAUUCUUGAGCCGGACGAAAUGUACCUGCAGCAGCGACGAGACCACUGGAAUCACGCAAUGAGCGAGUUAGAGCGCCUAGGAGCGAAAAUUGUUUCUCCAAUCAAGAUCAAGAAGCCUUCCGAGUACACCUUUGAAGGUCAAAGCAGCUACCAAGUGAUUCGCUAUGGCGGUUGGAAGCGUAUCGUUGCUGAUUAUCUACAUAAUCUGGCAGAGACUAAGGUCCAUUCGCUCGAAGAUAUUGUGGAAUUCAGCAAACAGAACCCUGGCCUGGAGUUUUCUGACGUUUGCCCGAAUCAAAACUCCUUAGUCAAUAUAUUAAAGUAUAAUAUUCCCGCCUCUGUAGUGGAUGAUGCCGUUAGAGACGUCCGCCAAGCCGCCGGUCCCGAGAGUAUAGACCGCGUACUGGAGGAAUAUGAUAUCGACGCUAUCAUAGCGCCGACUGAUAGCGAUAUCCAUAAGCUCGCGUCCUUUUCAGGUUAUCCUAUGGGCACUAUGCCCCUAGGCUAUCUGCUUCCUAGUGGGCGCCCUCAUGGGUUAAGCAUCUUCACAUCCAAAUACAAUGAUGCACUGAUACUUCGAAUCAUGCACGUUUAUGGGACGAUGUCAUUUACUAGGAAGGUACCAUCUCCGCUGGAAGCAGAUUCGAUCGGAAAGGCAUCUAUUUGA